AUGAGCCUACAGAUGACACUGGAUCGGUUCCGCUUCCACAAGAAGGGCAAACCGGGCCAAGACCAGGGAGAGGGUUCGGACAGCCGGCCAUGCACUCCUGAAAACUUGAUAGACGUGGAUUGUAUCCCAGAGACCCCUCAGUCCCAGCAGCCCAGUCCAGCCAGCCCUGUUUUCAUUGCAGCCAAGAAGAAGCCAAGGAACCAUGCAGCUGUUGUGGUUUCUGAUGAUGAGUCCAGUGACAAUGAUGCUGCUGAUGAAGAUGAUGAGGAAGAUAAGACAACACUGCCAGUUGCAGGGCGACCUUCCAGCUCAACUUCAGGAUACUGCUCCAAUGGUGAGGGUGGGGCUGUUGCCAGGGAAACAGAGGACAAAGUCUCACACCUGCAGGAAAUCUUCCCUGAACAGUCUAGGGAGGAACUGUUGGAGGUCAUCCUGGAUACAUCAUGUCUGGAGUCUGCAGUGGCUGCUGCAUUCAAACUCUCCUACAAGAAGGAAAAGACAACCAAGAAGCAGUGUACCCCCCUCAAAAAAACAGAAGGAAACACUGAGGGAAGUAGGAAGAAAGCCAGUGUCUCUGCCAAACUCAGGAAGUUCAGAUUUGACGUACCAGUAGAUUUGACAGAAGAGGGUGCAAGUAGCAGCUCUCAGGGACUAUCUGACUCAACUCCAAUGAAGGAAGAAAAGUGUGAUAGUCCUGGCACCCCAAUUAAACAUGGAUCAAAGCUACGGAAGUUGCGUGUGGCUGUCUUUGACGAAAGCGACGAGGAAGGAGAUAAGAAGACAGACGGGGAUUCAGAACCCUCCAAUCAUAAACUUAAGUCAUCAACACUGACCAGGCCGAGUAGCCCAAACUCUGUUUUGCGCUGUAUACGUAUUGAAGACAGGAAUGAGAAAGACAGCCCUAGGGAGACACAGGACUCGGAUGUGACAGAGAUUGACAGCCAGGCCAGGGAGAUGCUGGUGGGAGAGUUACAGGAGUUCUUCCCAGAUAUGCCUAAGGAGGACAUUGUUGCAGCUCUGGAAGCAGAGAACUGGGACCAGGAGGCAGCAGCCAGCAGUUUGUCGUAUAGGAUGGAAAAAGACCAAGAAGUUAAUGAACGCCCAAGUAGAAGAAAACAGAAACUGAACCCAAGAAAGGAGCCUCCUGCAGAAACAGUAGCAGGGACUAGUAAACAAAAGAAGAAGCCAAAGCCAAGCACGAAGAAGCCUAAGUAUGCAGAUUCUGAUGAUGAUGAUGAUGGUGAUGCUUAUGGUUCAGAUGAUGACUUAGAUGACAGUUUUGGGGAGGAUGAUGAAGAUGCAGAGGACAUGCCUUCAGAGAAACAGGUGGCGCUGCUGUCCCUGUUCAGCGAGUCUACGCUGGAGGAGCUGAUGACCGUUCCUGGCUGCUCCAAGAAGAAAGCUGAGGUCAUCAUGGCUGCUCGGCCUUUCAAGAACUGGAAAAACAUUGUUGAUAAGUUCAGUACGACUGCAGGGUUGAGCUUGACCAUCCUGUGGAGCGGUCAGGUGCUGCUGAAGGAGAGACAGGUUAUCAAACGACUCAUGGACCAGUGUCACAAGAUCUCCAAGGCCCACCAGCGGAUUGUGACGUCCCAGAUGGGGCGGAGCCUGGAGCAUGAGGAUGACGAGGGGGACAUCCAGCUAACGGAACAGCCAGGGAACGUGAACCAAUCAAUGCAGCUGAAGCCGUACCAGCUGGUGGGGCUGAACUGGCUGGCUCUUCUCCACUCCCAGGGAACCAACGGGAUUCUGGCUGAUGAAAUGGGUCUUGGUAAGACUGCCCAGGCCAUCUCCUUCCUCGCGUACCUGCUAGAGCAGGGUGACGACGGACCCCAUCUCAUCAUUGUGCCAUCCUCCACACUAGACAACUGGGUACGGGAACUGGCACAAUGGUGCCCUGAUCUCAAGGUGCUGAUUUACUACGGUAGCCAGAUGGACAGACAGGCCAUGAGAGAUGACAUCCUGGAGGGAGUGGAGGACUUCCAUGUUCUCGUCACAACGUACCAGUGCUGUGUCGGCUCGGCCACUGACAGAACCUUGUUCAAUAAGAAAGUGGCCUUUCACUACGCCAUCCUGGACGAGGGACACAUGCUGAAGAACAUGCAGACUCAACGCUACCAACAACUCCUCAGGAUUAGGAGUGAGAGAAGACUGCUGUUGACAGGAACUCCCAUCCAGAACAACCUGCUGGAGUUGAUGUCACUCCUGAACUUCAUCAUGCCUGACAUGUUCAGCGCACGGACCACAGAGCUCCGAAGGAUGUUUGCUUCAGUCUCGAAAGGGAAAUCAGAGAGUAAGUUCCAGAGGGAGAGAAUCGAGCACGCGAAGCGUAUCAUGCAGCCGUUCGUCCUGCGGAGGUUGAAGCGAGACGUGCUGACUCAGCUGCCCAAGAAACACGAGCAAGUGGAGCACUGCCCCAUGACGGACAAACAAGUGGAACUGUACGCUGAUCUUAAGGCAAAGUUGUCUCGAUCCUUGAAGACAGAGGAUGGGUCGUCGACCUUCAGUGGUGCCAUGAUGCAGCUGAGGAAGAUGGCCAAUCAUCCCCUCCUCCACAGAACAUACUACACACUGGACACACUCAGGGACAUGUCUAAACUCAUGCUCAAGGAGCCGACUCACCAUGAUGCUAAUGCUGACCUGAUAUUUGAAGACAUGGAAGUCAUGUCAGACUUUGAGUUAAACAACCUGUGCAAGAUGUAUGCGAGUCUGAAUGAGUACACCCUGCCACCUGACCUGCUGCUGGACUCAGGAAAGUUCCGCUUGCUGGACCGGCUGCUGCCCGAGAUGGCGGAGCGUGGUGACCGCGUGCUGCUGUUCAGCCAGCUGACCAUGAUGCUGGACAUCGUGGAGCCGUACCUGAAGCGGCGCAAGUACAAAUAUGUACGGCUGGAUGGACAGACGCCAGUCACUGAAAGUUAA